CAUUGGCCUGCUUCCUGGCCCACCCUAGGGAAUGUUUCCCAAGCCUGCUAACCCUCUGUAAACACAGAGAUUGUUCGGCUCACUCGCUUCCUGAGCCAGGAAAGCUUCGCUGCACGAGACUCCUCUCCUCCGAAGCCUCCGCUCACGGACCCAAAGGCGUCAUGAGGAAGCUUUAUUUGCUGUGUGUCCUUCUCCUCUUCCUCUGCCAGUCUGCUGCAGCACCAGGGGACCUCUAUGACAGCCUGCAGUGCCACUACAACCAUGGACAUUGCCGGAGACUUUGCUUCCACAACGAAAGGCCUAUUGGCACCUGCACCAAUGGGCGCCAGCGCUGCUGCAGAUGAUGGCCCAGAAGGAUCCGGAAGCCGCAGGAAAUUGGAGGAAGCCCACCUGAGAAGCAGCAAGAGAAAUAUGCGUAACAGCACCCAAAGUGGACUUUAAUCUGGAAAUAAUAAUAAGUGGUUUUGUUGUCAUUAAAUAAAC